AUGGCGGCUGGCUGUUCAGGAGUGCGGCGGCCCAAGGCUGCCCCCGAAGAGCCAGUGGUGGGGCCGGCCGGCAUCGUGCCUUGCCUAGAGCUGCCAACCUACGCUGCCGCCUGCACGCUGGUGAGUACCCGCUACUCCUGCCUGGUGGCCGGGCCGCACCGCAGACACAUAGCGUUGUCGCCGCGCUACCUCCACAGGAAACGCACCGGCAUCCGAGAACAGCUUGACGCCGAGCUCCUGCGCUAUUCCGAGAGUCUUUUAGGUGUCCCUAUUGCAUAUGACAACAUCAAAGUCGUGGGUGAGCUGGGAGAUAUUUAUGAUGAUCAAGGACACAUUCAUCUUAACAUUGAAGCCGAUUUUGUUAUUUUCUGCCCUGAACCAGGACAAAAACUUGUGGGCACAGUUAAUAAAGUGUCUUCCAGCCACAUCGGCUGUUUAGUCCAUGGCUGUUUCAAUGCCUCUAUCCCUAAACCGGAGCAGAUGCCACCUGAGCAGUGGCAAACCCUGGAGAUAAGUGUGGGAGAUGAACUUGAAUUUGAAGUCUUCCGCUUAGACUCUGAUGCGGCUGGAGUCUUUUGCAUUCGAGGAAAACUAAACGUGGCCAGUUUGCAAGCCAAGUGUUCUCAAGUUUCUGAAGAAGCAACAGAAACCACCACUGAAGAAACUGUUGAAAAUCCUCCACAGAAAAAGAAGAAAAACCUAGAGACGUCCAGAGAGGGAGAGGCUGCCGCAGAGCUGGUAGCUGUCUCGGUAAAGGGAGAAGCCGGGCUGCAGACCAAUGGCAGUGCAGAGGGCCUCGGUGGGGAGCAGCCCCAGGAGAAGAAGAAGGAGAGGAAGAAGAGAAAGCCCCGGGAAGCUCCGGAUCCAGACCCUGUUCUCCCAGGCAGUGACUCCAGCGGCUACCAAAGUGACCGCAAAAAGAAGAAGAAGAAACGAAAAUACGAGGAGGCAGCGGUUUCCCCCAAUGUGGAACACUCGCCUAAAAAGAAAAGGAAACCGUAAUCUUCCUGAACUGCAUUUUAAACAUGGUCCAGUUUUAAUGUGAUCAUCUCACAGUAGGUGAAUCAAUGUUUCGAAUGAUGUGAAAUGCAUAUGUAUUUCACAUAAUUUAUGGAAACAUUUGAAUUUGAGGUGUGUGUAUGUGUUAAAAUUAUGAAACCUGUCUCUAAAGGAUUUUAGGGAUAUUAAAGUGCCAAUUUAUUAUAUAAGAAUAAAAAAUGAAGCUGUUCUUA